CGAGCCCAUGGGAUGGCCGAUCAUCGAUCAGAUUUCCUUGGAUGGACAUCACCGAUGUACAUGGCGCUAGGACACAAGUCACAGUUCCAUUUUCUCUAUCGGUCGAGUAAAUCGGCGUGCGUCGUCUUCUGCUUCAACGUGCAGUCACGAUGCGUACCAAGCGGCUCUUCUCGACUUGGUCUCUGGUGGUGCUGCUGGCUGCGAUUGCGAGCCGUGACGUAGUUUCUGACUGCGACGAGUCGAGUCACAGCGUACGAGGACAUGCAGCCAAGCAAGCGCGGGUUGCGACUGAAGUAGCAUCCGAGACUUUCACGCCAAGUACAGCAGACAGUGUCGAGGAAGGAAGUGUUUUCAGUGCUUCGAGCUCAUACGGGAUCGCUUCUUCUAUUGAAUUUCCUACUGCAACAACUGCGACGCCAACCAUCGAAUCGGUGGGCACAGAGCAACCGGUGACAACUACACAACCUCCGACAGAGACAGCUAUCUCAACACCAACAACCACAACACCGACCACGCUUGAACCAGCUGCUCCAAUUGAACCUAGCUCCUCUCAGUCGGAAGAGCCCAUCGCUUCGGCUUCGGAUACGAUGCAGGCAACCACUGUAACAAGCGCCCCUUUAAUUGUAACAAGCUCCAGCUUCGAAUCCAGCAGUUCAGGCAGCUUCUCGACGUCUAGCGACAGUGAAACUUCUGAGAUCAACAGUAGUGAUGACUCGGAGGAGGACGAGGCUUCCAUCGCUAAACCAGGUUCAGACUCAUCGACGUUCCAGUCUGUCGCUAGCGUUGAAUGCAGCGAGAAGGAAGUGGAUAACAUCUACACUUUGUAUUCGAACUGCCGCUCCGCCUUCGACUUGUGUGUGUCAGCGUCGAAUUACCAGAUCUUCCCGUUCCAGGGUAAGCAUCCGACUCAAACGCAGGUCCAGUACAUGGCGGAGUCUGAUGCCUGUGUUGCUGUAUUUAUCGUCGUGAUCCAAUCCAAUUUCUCGGCCUGUACAAUCGGUGGGAUGCCUCUGGUUAGUGCCGUCGAAACCUUACUGAAGAUCAGUGUGGAUCUAGAGCAAAGUAUCGAGGAUGAAGCUCCUUCCGCCGACGAAUUCCAGGAGCUUGUGGCUUGGCGGUAUGCAGUUGAUCUCGCAAAAGCUGCGGGUGUACCUUAUGACGGCAGUUCAAAGCUUUAUGCCGAGUUUGAGACCAACAUAGAUACUGCACUCAAGAACACCACGAUCCGCGUAAAUGAGGACCUAUCGGUGGACGUUCACCUGUCGGAUGGAACGUAUGAGACUUUUGAGGAUGCAAUCGAUCUCAUUGUGACAGACGCCAGUGCUGCUGACUUGGGUCCUGGAUACGUGGUCGCCAGUAGUGCUACCGGCCCAUCGUCAUCUUCUAGCAGCACAACGGGAGUCGUCAUUGAGUCGUCGGUCGCUACAGCGCGCUGCGCCCCUACUCUAUGGAGUCUACAUGUUGUAGUCGCUGUAGUCGUAUCCACCGUGUUUGCUGGACGAAUAACAUGAAACACAACGUAAAAUUUAUUAUCACAACUGUGAUCCGACGUUGCCAUACUCACAAAC